UCUCACAGUUUUUCUGCACUUGCAUGGUCCCAACAGCUCAAGUGAGUGUGUCAGGGUUUGAUGUUGACUGACCUCUAUUUAUUCCAUCUCCAAUGCCCCCCUUCAUUUCCCAAACAAAUUCCACUCAAUGUGCAACUUCAUGAAAAAAAUGGUUCAUCUUGGCUUCUUCCUUCUGGGGUGUCUCUCCAUGAUCUCAUAUGCUAAUGGUUAUGUCAGCAAUGGGGGUUGGACCAAUGCCCAUGCUACAUUCUAUGGUGGAAGUGAUGCUUCUGGGACAAUGGGUGGGGCUUGUGGUUAUGGAAACUUGUAUAGUCAAGGAUAUGGGACUAACACAGCAGCACUUAGCACUGCCUUGUUCAACAAUGGCUUGAGUUGUGGCUCAUGCUACCAAAUCAAAUGUGCAAAUGACCCACAAUGGUGCCUCCGUGGCACCAUUGUAGUCACUGCCACUAAUUUCUGCCCCCCUGGUGGAUGGUGUGACCCUCCCAAUCACCAUUUUGAUCUUUCUCAACCUGUGUUUCAGCAAAUUGCCCAAUACAGAGCUGGUAUUGUGCCUGUAGUUUACAGAAGGGUACGGUGCAUGAGAAGAGGUGGAAUCAGGUUCACCAUCAAUGGUCAUUCAUACUUCAAUUUAGUCCUUGUGACUAAUGUUGGAGGUGCUGGUGAUGUGCAUUCUGUGGCCAUAAAAGGUUCAAGAACCAGAUGGCAACCCAUGUCAAGGAAUUGGGGCCAAAACUGGCAGAGCAACUCCUACCUUAAUGGACAGAGUCUUUCCUUUUUGGUCACCACUAGUGAUGGUCGCAGUGUGCUCUCAUACAAUGCUGCACCACCAAGUUGGUCCUUUGGACAGACCUACACUGGAAGGCAAUUCCGCUACUAAUUUAUCAACCCUUUUCAUGGAGGGUGCAUUUUCUCUCAGGUACAGAAACUUUCUAGUAGGAGAAAGAAACACAAAGAAAAUUGUAUUUUUUUUCUCUCUCUCUCUCCUACUGAACGACAGUUUCAGUAACCAGAGACAAGGCAGAGGAGCCAAUUCCUUUCAUGGAACAUCAAUUUCAUAAUGUUGGUUACCCACAUGAUAAUAUGGUUGCAUUAUAAAAAAGAACUAAAGCCGUAAUUUAAUAGUGUACAUGAUGUGUCAAUAUUGGGCCACAAAAUAGGUGGCUUAGUUUAGUCCCUUUAAUAUAUUUUGGUUUGUGUUGCAAGUUUUUUUGCAGAUGAAUUGCUGGUACCUUAGUUUAUGCUAAGCUAUAGUCUCAAGGGUACUUCUGUUUGUUUGCCUGCUGAAAGAAAAGUAGGUUAGAGGUGGGAUUUUGUGAGCCUUAUUGCACUUUGGCAAAUGGGAUUCUUGCCUUGUUCAGAAAGAUCAACUUAAAUAAUAAUUGAGUAUAUUCUUGUUGUGCUUUAGUUAUU